CACGUAGUAUGUGCUCUAAGCUCCCAAUACAUGGUCUACGGUCAAGUUCGUCAAUUCGUUUGAUUACCUUAAAAAUGGCGUCUGCGGUGGAAUCGAUGAUUGUUGACGAAAAACAAAUUUCCGACAAGCCGGUCGACAGGGAAAAGACCUGCCCGCUACUUUUGAGAGUAUUUUGCAACAUCGGACGACAUCACAACAUCGUCGAAUACAGCAGAGGAAACGUGCCGUCAAAUGAACUGCAAAUCUACACCUGGAUGGAUGCCACAUUGCGUGAGAUAACUGCGCUCGUGAAAGAGGUGAAUCCUGACGCACGUAAAAAAGGCACCUACUUCGAUUUUUCUUUAGUUACUCCAGAGGUUCGUAAUUCUAGUUAUCGAAUGCGAGAAAUCGGAGUAACUUGUUCCGGUCAAAGAGGGGCAGAUGAUAAUAAAACUCUCGCACAGGCUAGGUUCACGAUCGGCGAUUAUUUGGACAUAUCUAUUACCCCCCCAAAUAGAAUGUCACAGCCGAUGAUGCGACGAGGAGGCUUACGACAGUACUGAUUUUGUUGUAUUUUUCAAUUUUGUACGAUUUCAAAUUAGUGUUCGAAUCAUUUACACUAGGGUUAAUUAGAUAUAAUAUACAUUCGUCAUUUAUAUGCCGCGUCAUGUUCUAAUUGAGCCUAUUACAUAGUGUUUGUUUGUGAAACACUUCGGUUAUUUUGUAUAAUUUUGCGAUAAAAUGAAUUUCAAAUACGAAUUAAUGCAAAUUAUACAGUUGCUUUUAAUUUAUAAGCUCAUUACUGGCAAAGUACAAGAAUUUUAGCCUUCCAUUUUCUCAUGUAAUGUACAUAUAAAUGCUCAGCUUUAGUGCUUAUGAAAAUUUACCAAUUGAAAUCGCAUAUGGAUAAGGAUUGCAAUUAAAGUUUGGAUUAAUGCCAAAUUAAAUGUAGAUUAGCCAAUAAGAUAAAAUUCGAUUGGUUCUUUUUA